AGUUACAGAAAACAAAAGUAAUAGGCUCAACGCUGGCUUAAAUGUAAACCUAAAUAUUCAUACAUUCCUCAACAUCUACCUCUGCAUUAAAUGAAGUUACCUCAACAAAGCAUUCAGAACAUUUGAAAUUUUCAUUGCACAUGAGAUGGACAUUGCCAUAUUCAACUCCGGCUACAAUUAUCCUGACAUGAAUGGAGUCGACUUGUCAAGAUAUACAGGAUGGCCAUCCCAGCAACCUCAUCCAAGCAACAUGGGAAGAGGGGGGAUGAACAAUAUGGACCACAAUUCACCACAGGUCAACAGUGAACUUAACAAUAAUGCUUAUACUGAUGAUGGAAAAGAGGUGAAGAGUUGUCUCAUCUGCGGAGAUCGAGCCACUGGACUUCACUACGGCAUCAUAUCAUGCGAGGGAUGUAAAGGUUUCUUCAAACGCAGCAUCUGCAACAAACGAGUGUACCGAUGCACAAGAAGCAAGAACUGUGUCAUGUCAAGAAAACAACGGAACCGUUGUCAGUUCUGCCGUCUACUCAAAUGCCUUCAAAUGGGCAUGAACCGAAAAGCGAUCCGGGAAGAUGGCAUGCCCGGUGGAAGGAAUAAAAGCAUUGGACCAGUUCAGAUAUCAGAUGAGGAAAUCGAACGUAUUCUGUCCGGAAAAGACUUUGAAGAGGAAGCUGCUCGAGAGGAGCAACAGCAGCAACAACAACAGAUGAACCUCGAGCAAGCGAACAACCCAUAUGCUUCAAUGGGCCACUCAAGUUACAUGCCGCUCUUCUCGCCGGGAUCUGGGCCUCAAUACCCGACCAACAUGAUCUCAUCAAGUACGGGUUCACCGCCACUAAACAACGGUAUGCGGAAUUCAUCAACUUCAUCCUCAAUUCCAAUGAACGCUCGAUCUUUAAUGGCUGGUGCAAACUCACAGCUCGGAUUUGUACCUUCGAUGCCAGGCGUGCAUGUGAGAGAAAACAGCUUCUACCCAGGAUUGCCACCAUACCAACUACCCCACGUGAACCGAUACUCGAUGCAACAGGGUCAGCAGAUACAUGACCGAUCUCCUGAAUCAGCAUCCGAACUUACAAGCACGACAUUAGUUGAACAGCUGGUGUUGGCUGAAGACGCAUCGUUUCUUGUCUCUAUUGGACCGGAUCAUGGUUUCAAUGACGUCACGAUUAGCAAGGAUCAACUCUUCAGUAUUCUAUGCAAGGUAGCGGAUGAAAUGCUAUAUCGUCAGAUUGUUUGGAUCAAGAAGUUGCCCUUUUUUGAAACCAUUUCCAUUAAAGAUCACACAACUCUGUUGAGUACGACAUGGGCCGAGAUUAUAUUACUUGCUGCACUGUGCGUGCAUGAAGACCAGUUGUUUGGCGAUCUAGCUGAUAUUACGUCCAAGUAUUUGCCCGACAACGAUGAGCUGUCCAGAUUCACUGAUUACGAGAUGGAAAUAUUGGAAAGAGUAACCUACCUCUACCAAAAGUUCUCGCAUCUGAAAAUAGACAGAGAGGAAUAUGUUAUCAUGAAAGUCAUCAAUUUCUUAAACCAAGACAUCAAAGGUUUACAAGAAGUAGAACGAGUGGAAGAAAUUAACAAGAGAUAUUGGUAUGCUUGUCAACGGUACACUGAACUCCGUGCUAUGGAGAGGAACGCGGGAAGAUCAGAUGCCUCAUCCAACGCUGCAGCAUCCGGAGCAUCGAGAUUCCGGGAUCUCAUGUUAUGUCUUCCAGAGAUCAGAUACGUGGCAGGGAAGAUGCUCAACACUGACGUCACUAAACUUCCUCUUUUAUUUAAGGCUAUUCUUCACACAUGCAAACUGCAAAAGUUACAAUCGAGCCAGUUAAUUGGACGUCAUCAAAAUGAUGCGGGCGGAACAUCCACGCCUCCCUCUCCAACCUCAUCACCAACUCAACCACCACGCACUGUUCGUGACGACGACAAAAUGGCUGCCGCCGCCUCAAUGCUUGAUCUCACAUCUGACCCUUCGCGUCUCAACCACGAACAGUCUGUUCGUCUCCACGGCAGUGGAUCAGUCGGCCCACCAUCAUCAGCCUCGACUGUCUCACCCGGCGCCCACCAAACAUCGAGUUCUCCACGUUCAAGUCACGGCCGCAGCAGUCGCGACAGUGCCGCUGAUUCCUCAUAAACCCAAGCAUGCCUCAUGCUAUGCAAGCAGCAACUCACCGACACAACAUAUCGCACCCAAAGCACAGCAUGUCAAUCUUUCAAUGCCUUACUGUGACCUCAAGCAAGAAAUCCGGUCUUCCUGGCAUCAAGCUGCUUUGCAGACUACCUUGAACCUCGUGCCUCGCUUUUUACAGAAAACAAAAACCCCUUUUUCUGCUUCAGUUUUGUACUAAAGUCGACCAAAGAAUUUUUAAAUAUGAAUUACUUCAUCUCGCCUCUUGACGUAUAUAUGACGUCAUAAAUCGCCUUGGUACUGUGCCUAUUUCCUUCUGCAUCUACGGCGUCUGCGUAAAUACUCCUACCAAAAAGUCAACUACUUCAGGGAUUUUUCAUUUGACCAUUCCUUUUCCCUCACACGUACUAAUGAUGCGCCAGUGUAAUUUGCUCGCACCAAACGAUCCCUUGUUUAUUCGCCGUUUUCUUCAGGAAGCUUAUAAUUUUGACUGUGCCCCUUUCUUUCUUCACGACGCCACCAGGUUACUGCGUCCCAGUGUUGACCGAAUAGCAAUAACCGCCCAUGAAUAUCAAUAAUAUUUCCCCGAAGUUUUCCUUCCGCAAAUGACUGAAUUCACCAACCGCUGCACCUCUCGUAUUAUGAGGUGCCAUUUUCAGUGAGCGACGUUUUUUUGUUAAAUUUUCGUUGAAAAUGCACUGCUCACCAUGCCUAUUUUUGCCUGUAUAUAUCGCAUGUACAUAUACCGGUUUCAAUGACGCGUACAAUCACGUACCGACGUUCUCUUUUUUGUGAAGUUUCUAAUUUUCUAUCCUUACACACCCGAUGAAUUUAUCGGCGAGUGAAUUCCCACGCUUUGUAAUGCAGUGUCCGAAACACCCCACUAUUGCACUAAUAAGAGAAAUUUUACGCCAGAUAUAUUAAACAAUCACCUUUAAACCCCCAAUAAAACCAAGUGUGUAAAUUUUUGUUUUUUUUUCAAUAUUUUCUUCAGCCGUAAAACCUCAGUUCUUAAAUACGCCGCUGUGAACGCCUUUACUCUUUUGACUUUACGUCACAAUCUAACUUUGUUGCGACAACAAUUUCACCAAAGCCAAGUUGUAAUGCGUCCGGCACCUCUGUUAUAUACCCUCGUAUCACCCGACCGUCAAUUGUACGAGCAAACACUUCGUUUUCGUCCUUUACCCGCGUACUUUCCUGAAGUAACCGUUUGUGUAUUUUCAGCAAGCCAUUGUAUGUUGUCAUACCUCGUUAUUGCAUCAUAAAGCGCAUUGUGUUCUCAUUUACAGCUAACGCACGACACCCAUGAGCACCAUCAACUUCCGUGCACUAUUAGCUCAGGUUUAUGUUUGGAAAGUAUCGCGCUGUUCUUCGUCUUUUCUCCGUUUUUUUGCGCAUAACCAAUCAACAUUGUCCAAGUUAAUUUAUCCAAUAUACCCCAAUAUACCUCAGUAAGCAAAUCGCCACCAUAUCUCCAUUUUGCAACCGAAUCGAACACAACUAAACCAAAUUCUCUAAAAUCACGUUUUAAUUGUCGCGAUUUUGUUGCAAAAUGGAGACCAAAAAUUUCGGCAAACUUCUACGUUUCUUUUUGUUUGUGUUUAUUCAGUAAAGUGUUGCCGCGUUAUACCUCAAUCUUGGGCGAGCGUAGUCUUCUUAUAGAGCCCGCUAUUAUGUCGUAACAAUACCGCAUUGUGGUUUUAAUCGGAAAUACAGUUGUGGUGUGACGUGUGUGUUCUAUACCUGUGUGUGUGUGCUCAAAUUCGCAAAGUGUGUACAAUAUUUAUAGGGUAGCGUUGAACCACGCACACGUAUGAUAUUAAUUAUACCUCUCGUCCGUUUAUUCCGUUAUGUUGAGUGAGAAUAAAAGAGCGCACACACAAUAAA